AUCCCGAUGGAGACGUUCAAAUGACUGAUCUUGGAGUUGAAAGUCAAUUCCAAGAAUUAUUAAAAAAUACGCAAGAUAAUUUUGAGAGCCUGAACGGAAGUUUUCAAAACUUGCUUGAUGAAAAUAAGAAACUCCAAAAUCAGUUGACCGAACUAAAAGAUGAAUUAAGGAUACUGAAAGGUUCCUCAUCAAAAUCUUCGUGCAAUGUUGAAGGUGAAUUUCGAAAUAUUAAGGAUUUUAUAACUGCGCAAAUAAAGGAAAGUUUCGAAAAUCAAAAUAAGGAAUUUUACAAUAUAUUCAAAGAAGAAUUGAAGAAUCAGAAUAGCAUCCCUUUAAAUGAACUUAGAAAGAUUAUUGAGAGUGAAUUUCAAGAUGUCAAAGAUAAAUUAAAUCCCAGUGUGGGUGAGCAGGAUAAAGAACCAGAAUUAGAGCGAUUGCGAAAAGAAAAUAUGGGACUAAAGAAAUUGAAUAAGAAAUUGAAAGAAGAAAACUCGGAGUACCAGGUUAAAAUAGGCGAUGCGACUAGAUAUCGAUUUGCUGACGAUGAUCAAAAUAAUUCUGUUCAUUUAAACAAGGACAUUAGUGACCUGUACGAUAGAGUUUCUAAGUUUGUUACUCAUUUGAAAAAGGAUGUCCAAAUGCAUUCAGAUAAUAUUUCAGGACUCCUUCGUCACUAUAAGUGUACUAAAGACACCAAAGAAGAAGGUAUACAACUCGAAAAGGAGGUUUUAAAACGUUUAGUAAUUGAUACAAUUUUUCAAGUAUUCAAUGACUUUUUAAACUCCGAAACCUCCUGUUUUGAAAAGGAAAUAAUGAUUGACUUAAAACCGUUAUUAGACAAAUCAUUAACUAAUACAAAAUCAGAUAGCAACGACAUUAAGAAAUCAAUUUUAAUAAAAAUACGACAACAGGCUUAUGCUAUUCUCGGGAGCUUGGCAUUUACAGAACCAGAACAUCAGUUUAUAAAUCAUUGCAAAACGAGACUUAUUAACACAAUGGAUCAAUAUCGCACUAUUACUAAUGAAUCUAAGAGAAAGGAAAUUGAAGAUCAAGCUUCAGCCCUUGUUCGUGAUGUUAUCAGUAUAUUUUAUUUUCGAAGGUUUGCGCAGGAGCCAAUAGUAAAUUAUACGUGGGUUGAAAAUGAUGAGCUCAUAGAUUCACUAACUAUGAUAGGCACUUGCGCUUGGGACGAAGAUGAAAUUGAUGAUUUGGUGGUACAAUUUUGCUCAUUUCCACUCUUUGGAAUAGAACUAGAGGAUCAGGACAAAAGAAAAAUCUAUACUCAGGCUCGUGUCAUCGCAAAAAAGGAUAAUUUAUUAUCUCCAGACAUACUAAGGCAGCGUGCGCAUAGAUAUAUGCU